AUGGCUGAGGAACAUCAGAACCCUGCGACGGUGGCGAUUCCGGGUACACCCAGAAUCCGGGAGGUGAGAAUCGAAUCCGGAUCCGAGUAUUUCAACCCGGAUAAUACUAUGAGAGGAGGCUCGAGAGCUGAAAUCGACGUUUCGGAUCAGAAGGCAGUAGCUGGAUUUAUUGGCCGUGGGUCUUGGGUUCCCUUCAAGCUCGGAGAUAAUUGCGACGAUGUGGGAGAUUUUGACAUAAAGAGAAUGGAAGAGAAUGCAGCAAUGCUUGAGAAGGAUCUGAUUGUGAAAGAGUUAGAAACUCUGGAUUUUCUAGAAGCUCUUUGUUCAACCAAAAGUAUUGUCGAAGAUUUCAAACGGCAGCUCCAGCAACAAGCACUGAGAUCCACUGAGACCCCUGAGCAUCUGCCUUCACACAUCAAAGAGAUCACUGAAGAACGCUGUCACCGUAAAACCAUGGAUGGUCUUCCAGUGAUCCAAUCCUAUGUUGAGUCUCUGAAUAUGAAAACAAAGGAAGAGAAAGAUCUCCCUGGAGUGGCGUCUCUAGCUGAGGAGCUUAACAGUUUGAGGUUAAAACCAGCAGGUCCAGAUCAAAGAGAGAGAUUCGAAACCAGUGAGUCGCAAUGUGAACAGGUUAAGAUGGUAGUUGAAACCAGUGAUACAGCUUUGGAAAGACAGAGCAACGCCUCUCUGAAAACUGCAGAAAUGAGAUUGUUUGCUGCAAGGAAAAUGGAAGAAGCUGCAAGAGCAGCGGAAGCACUUGCGAUUGCUGAGAUGAACAUAUUAUCCAGCGGGAGAAACCAAGACGGACUUUGCUUCCCGGAGGAGCCUCCAAGAUCUCUUUUAACUCUUCAAGCACAGAUGAACAAAGAGUUAUCCACCGAUGUCUCAAGAACAGAGCUCAUGAGAAAGGUAGAGGAAGCUAAUGAAGAAGUUAAACUAAGUAGACAAGCCUUGGAAGCGGCGUUAAACCGGGUAGAGAUUGCUAGAGUGAAGCAACUUGAAGCAGAAGAUGGGUUUCGCAAGUGGAACAUAGAGUCAUGGAAAGACCAGAAAGCUGUCAGAGCAAAGCGGUCGAUGAAAGGAGAUAACUUUCCUCGAGACUCCUUCUUGAGCCAUGUGAACCAGCAGCACGAGCCGGUUAUCGAUCUUCCUAAACCAGUGCUGAAACGUAAUGUUUCAAUCGGAAAUGUUCUGAAUUGGAAACAAGUCCGUACCGUCGAUGAGAAAGAGAAACAGUUGGUGACUCCGAGGAGAAAGUUUAGGUUCAUACACACACAGCAUGGUUCCAGAACAGAGUAA